AUGACCGAUGUAAUGACCAUUUGCUCGGCCGAUCGACGCGAAUCCUCCACAACAUCGGCGGGGAUCGGGUCCGAUGAUGAUGUGGUCAUGCACAGUAUUGGGACAGGCACCAGUGAAAAGAGAUCUCACGCGGCUCAGACCGACAGUCCGGUCCGCGCUUCCCCCAAAUAUGAGGCCUUCGUGAUGACUGGAGACAAGAUUCUGAACCUGAAUCCCAAAAUAUCACCGAGUUAUGCGAUGGUAGGCCGAGUUUAUGGUUUUUAUAUGGAAGAAAAUCAAACUUAAAAAGACAUCUGAAUUAACGUUUAGGUGCAUCGAAACCAACUUCCUCCCACUGUGGAAGUAGACCAGACCACCCCAAAACGGAGAGGACCCUUCGACGAUGUGCCCAGUCAUUCAAUCUCAAGGAUACCGAUUAAAAAUCGACGAUUUUUGGAACGAAAUCUGCCAGAAUCCCACUCCGACCAUCAUCUGGAGUCGAGUCGGGUCGAGAGUGAAUCAGAAUCGAUCAAUCCGGUGAGCGAGCGCCUCCAAAUAAAUAUUUCCCUUAACCAUUUUUUCCAGUCAAACCACAGCGUUAGUCAAGCGAAAGGCGAGGGACCCAUCAACUACUCCACCUCCACCCUUCCCGAAAGCGGUGGUGCCCAGGAAACGCCCAAACGACGACCCAUGACGACCCGGGAAGAGGAGUAAGUCGAGUUUGUAGAUGGGCCUUCGAACCACAACUUGAACUCAUAUUACCUUUUUCCAGGGAGAAUACAAACACGCCGAAUGGAGGCGCGAUCCAUGAACAGAGUCCCGAGAAGGAGGACUUCGAAGAGAAAUCCAUCCCCAACCAGGUCUACCGGUCGACGACGUCCAUGCCUCGAUGCAACGAGGUCAAUCCCCAGAGCUCGGGUCGGUUUUUCUUCCACUUUACUUGUUCCUCUACAAAAUUACCAACAUUUUUUUUCGGGUUUUUGCUCCUCCUAAUUAGGGCCUCAUUAUCGAAAACGUCAGCGAUUUGCUGCGAUUACUAGAAUACCUUUUAUUCUUAUUCCCGAGGACUUUUGGGAAUUGGUUGAUGAGAACGGACUUUCUGAAGAUCCGAUAAGUCGCUUGAUAGGAAUGUGUUUCUCGUUUGAUUGCUUAAUUAAACUAAUUGGAAUCGCUUUCCUUUCCCCUUUCACCUAGUUGAUUUGAAUGAGAUUGCUUGAUUUCAGAUCAGUUAUCCUUCAUGGGGGUUAAUGUGGAUGCCGAGGCCUUUGCCAGGUUCGUUCAACGACUCUUUGAACUCAAUGGAUACACUCGGAUGGAUGUAGCCGCGUAUUUUGCCAAAAAGUAAUCAAUUUUUAUCUUUAUCCAUGUAUCAUUUCCUGUGUGAUUAACAUUUCCGUGUUAAAAUUUUUUAUUUCAGUACUGAUCUCGCCCAAAAAGUAGUGGAGGAGUUUAUGUUACUCUUCAACUUUGCCGGUCUUCGAAUUGAUGCGGCUCUUAGGGACUUCCUGGAUCACGUUUGCUUGACUGGGGAGACCUCAGAUCGAACAAGAAUGCUGACUUUCUUUGCCGAAAGAUAUCAUCAAUGCAAUCCAAUCCUCUUCGAAAAUGCUGGUAAGCCUUUUUAAGGACUACUGUAGCCAAAAAACUGUCAGAUGUGUCAUUGCUCUCGUUUCAGACGCGAUUCACGCUUUAUCAUGCGCCUUGUUAUUGCUUAAUACGGAUCUUCACAGUGAUGUAAGUUUGUUGGGUUUUGUUUCUACUGUUCUCCUAGGUGACAUCCAAGAAGAUGACGACUCGAGAAUUCAUCAACAAUCUCUCUCAUACUGGGAUUCAAUUCGAUCGCGCCCUUCUGAAGACCUUAUACAAUGCAAUCAAGGCCAAUCCAUUCCAUCACAAUGAAAACGCAACUCCAAAGAAACGACCAGUCCGAGCGAAUUCAAUCGCUCAGAGAAAUAUUCGAAUGGUGCAAGAUGCUGUGGAUUAUUGUCAUGGAUGGGUCAUGAAAAAAGAAAUAUACGAUCGAGAUGGAAAGAAGAGUAAGUGGAACAAAUUUUGAAUAUUCAUAUUAGAUCAAUAAUCAUAAAAACUGUUAUUUUAGCCCCAUUUGGUCGACGGAAAUGGCAAAUGCACUUUGCGACCGUCCGAGGUCUGGUCCUCUAUCUCCAUAAAAAUGAAAAAGGAUUUGAGGGAUCCAAGUAUGACGCUUUUAACAAUUGCAUCCGACUUCAUCAUGCCUUGGCCGAGAAAUGCUAUGAUUACAAGAAGAAACAGCACGUAUUCAGAUUGGUCACAGCCAAACUCGGUGAAUAUCUGAUUCAAACCAGUAGUCCGGAUGAGAUGCAGAGAUGGAUCAAUGCCAUCAACUUUGUGGCCGCCUCUCUCUCCACCCCUGUCCUGCCUGAACCAGUUUCUAACAAAAUUGAAUUCAACUUCCAGAAGACUGUACUCCCGGACGCGAUCAGCACGUUAUCAGUGGUAAGAAUAAUCGAGUUUUAUUGUUAUUAGUUUAGCAUGAACAACUUCGAAGACAUAAGGAGAAACUGGAUGAGAUGAAUAUGAUCUUGAACAAGCUCAGGGACAGCGCGCCGUCCAUGAAGGCUAAAGGAAAAAUUGUAUACGAUUACUUUUACAGAGAACGUUAUCUAGAUAACGAAGUAAGCAUUCGGUUUGUUUUUGUCUUUCCUCUAUUUUUCAUCCUAAUUUUUUUACGUUUCAGCGACGGAGAUACGCAACAUACGUUGAUAUCCUGCAAGAUAAAUGCUCGGCCAUAUCAACGAAUGGCAGUGACUCCGUCCUGAAGAAGAAUUCGGUGACGGUGCAACGAAACUGCACCAUUUCCACGAUGCAAUCGGAGCCGGAUUCCACACGGAUUCCUUCUCGCCAAUCAAGUGUAAAUAACAAGUUACUGCCCUCAUUCCGCGACGGAAUCCCCUCCAAUCAAACCAUGGGGCCCCGAUCCGAAUCCACUGAAACUCAUCGUGUGGAGAGUCCUGUGAGUCGGCACACUACCAUGAGCGCCUUGGCCCAGGCGUAUGCUGUGGCCAAUGGGAAACCGCACAAUUCGAUCGAAAUCCAACGUCAGAUGGAUUCCCUCAAACGUCAGACCACCAAGGACGGAGCAGCGCCCGCUCUCUGUGACCCUCGCGACCUCGAGGAUCUGGUCCGACUCUCCAACGAACAGCUGGUCAACGGUUCUUACAAAUGA